CAAGGGCCUUAGAACUUGCCAAACCCCUUUAACGUUUGCAAAUCGGAGGUCAGUUUGCCACUGUCCGGAUCAUACAUUCAUUUAUUACACGCAUUGCUUCAACUUGCUACAACUUGCGAGAAAUUCGGUUUUGCCUUAUCUUACCGCUUUCCCUACUCAGCGAAUCAGCAUAUUCCAGCGCUGACAGAAUUCGGAUUGGACCAGUGAGACCAGCUUACAUUCACUGUUCCAACGUUUCUCACGAGGCUCUGUCCAAUAGAACGACUUAGAUUGGUGACCCCACUCGCAGGCUUCCCGCCAACUGAAGACCGGCGGGCGUCCCAGACCUUUCCUAAUUUGGACUGUCACGCACGUGGAUGCAUGUGACUUAUACCUACCAAUUUGGGUUGUUUUCCUUUAGUACUUUGACCAAAUAACUCUGCGACAACAUCCUAAGAUAUCAACCUCGGGUAGCACAGAACUGAAUGAACGGCAGCAUGGAGCAGUCGCCGCCGCAAAACCUGAUGCGCGGUCUGCCUCAUGCGCCAGUAGACCCGGGCUCAUUGCCGCCGGAAUACUGGGAGUCACUGUAUGCGAACCCGGAACCCCCACAUCAGCAUGCGCAUCCUCCACAACAACAGCUCCAGCAAUCGCAACAACCACAGCAGCCACAACCAAUGGGUAUAAACUGGGAUUCUCCAGUGUUCGCUCAAACACCUCAGCCACGCAGUUCUUUGCCACUUCAACAGGAGCAUGGUCAUAACUUGUAUCCCUCAUCCACUCAAAAUUGGCGAUCCAAUCCUUUGCAUCCUCAACAGAUCAUGCCGUCCACCCCACAAGGAUUCGCGAUGCCUGUACAAUAUCGUCAAGUGCCCCAGUACUCACAGGGGCAAGUUCCCUUUGAGUCGCAGCCGCUCAAUGCGUCGGAUAACCCAUCUUAUCAGCCGUAUACCUUCCCUCGAAACUACUACCCUGCUCAACACAUCUCGUUGCCCGACACCUUUUCUCAAACGCCAACCCCCCAAGCUUCUCAGCCUCAGCCGUCUCAAUCAGCUCCUUAUCAGUCUAAUACGGCCCAAAACCCAAUAGUUUCAUACACUCUGCCCACAGGGUUCACGGAGGAGACUUCGCAUGGUCAAAUGCAGUACACAAACGAAUUCUCUGAUUCGGCGCCAACUGUGCAUGAGCAUCAAACUAUCAAUCCCCAGUUUCUUAACACUCCUCAGCAAGCCAACAACCAGCAUGCCUCCCUUAAUAAUUUCAUCUACGUUAAUCCACCAGGCUUCGAACGUCAGGAUAGCCAGAGGACAUUCGACUACUUCCGGAACGACCUACAAAUGCCGUCAAUCCUGAACAGACCCACUGCUAACGGCCCGAGUAUCUCGGGUACACAAGCUCCAGGCGUUGAAGUGGUCAUACCAAUAAAUCGCCAGCAACAGCUCCUACCAAAUACCUCGGCAAAACCAGGAAAGAAACAAACUACAUUGAAAAAGGUAACCAAAAAAUCCGCGGCUAAAGCGUCGACAAAGAAGCCGGAUGGGAAGUUCGCUUCUUCUGGAUCCGAGACCGAUACCUCUGACUCAGAACUGGAAAUUGAGGCGCCAGAAGAGCCAUCCCCCAUUCCUCUUGUUCGUCCGAUUGAACCGGAAGCUGCUGCGCGAUACGAUGCCCUUCGAGCCGUAUGGUCGCCGCGUAAUAGGCGGCCUCAUGCUGACAAGGUCAAAGGGGCAUUGGUUGCGUUCAAAGACGUUGUCAAAGCCGUGAGGGACACGUGGAAAGAGAAGUCACAAGCGAUGAAGAUGGCGGAAAACAAGGGCGAAAACGAUAAAGCGGCCCAGAUCAAGAAGGAUGUUGUCCUUCAGCGGCGCCUAAUGGAUGUGGUUAUUAGCACCACUCUGGAUCAGGGUCACCCCACGAUCGUCGAGAAGCUAGGAGAGCACCCCAUGGCGGUGGCUGCCAUGUAUUCGUUCCUUCUCGAUCGGCAUCAAGCCUCUGACAUCGAUGGGGCAUUCACUCUCAACCUACUCAAGCUACUUGCUCGAUUUGUGACCAUGGAUGAAGAUGUGCUCCAAAAAACUAACGUUGCUAAACUACUGCCUCGGUUCGUGAAAAAGGGCGGACAAGUAGCUAAAGACCUUGCGCAGAAGAUUUUGGACAAUGCUUCCAGUUCCACUAAGAGAAAACAGGAGAGCAGUAAAGCAGCGCCCAAAGAGGCAUCUCCCGGUGUGAAUACCGUCCCCAAUGCUGCGUUGGCCGAUGGUCAACGUACGGAGCUAGCUGGAUCCAAAAGGCCUCGAGAUGCCGAGGCCAAUGGUCAACCAGCCACAAAGCGGAUGGUUGUUACGUCAAAUCUCAAGAGUAACCAGAAGCCAACCAAUGGCCCUGUGAAUGUCCCGGCCAAGCGGCCCCAGGAAACAGGCCAAGAGGCCGCCAAACCAGCAGCGGCAGCUACUUCACGUCCAAAGGCUAAUAUCAUUGCUCCAAAGCCGACUAACCUAUUCGGAAGUUUGUCGUCGGCGUCGAAGAGGCCAGGAACUUCAAAUGCAGAAAGAGCGGCGGCCGCCGCCGCCGCAGCAAAGUCCAGCACACCGGCCGAAAAGAAAGACUCCCAACCCGCGCCUCCCAGGCCGACCUUCUCUUUUGGUGAUAUUAUGGCAGAUCUAAAUAAGCAGAAAGAAUCACCUCCAUCUGAGCCAGCCGAGGACAAGCCACCGGAGACGGAAGAGGAGCGAAAGAAGCGACUCCGCAAAGAAGCCAGAAGAAGGCUGCGAGUCACGUGGAAGCCGGAUGAGUCUCUGACUGAAGUUCGCUUGUUCACGCAUGAUCCGGACGAGGAACUUGGUCCCGGGGAUCAUGCGCAGCGGGAGGCUGGUGAUGUCAAGGGAGAGGGUAGUGUGCUUAAACUUCACAGAGACUUGGAUGAGUACGACGAGGAAGAGGACGGCGGGGUGCGCGAAGAAAGUUUGCGUGAUUACUAUGAGCCUUCAGAAAUUGAUUUUGCGGACAUCACAUCUGAGGACCGUUCUCGGAAUAACAUCAAACGCGCCGGCACUCAGCAGCCGACCAGUGCUGAGAAGGCAGCACAAGAGCACCGUGAAGCCACGACGCUUAUGGUUUUCUAUACUUCCGCGGCGGAUGUCCCCCCGUCGCCAAAGGAACCUCCCCCGCCUAGUGACGAUGAGCCGGCAGCCGAAACAGUUGCCCUUGGAGAACUCCCAGAUCACGUUAAGGCUCGACAGGAGCGGUACUUUUCCGCUAUCAAUCCCCAGCCAACUCCAACUCCAACCCCAGCUCAACCUCAACCAAGCACACAAUCCAACCAGUUUGACAUUUCGAACCUGCUCAAAAUCAUACAAAAUGCGCCUCAGCAGCAGUCAACACCACCUCCUCCGCCUCCGCCCGUAACGCAAGCACCACCGAUGUCAGAUCUGGAACGCACCAUUAGCAUGUUCCGUCAGCAACAGCCGCCACAACAGCCGCCACAGCCUCCAGCCCAACAGUUCCAGGUGCCUCAAUUUCCUGCCGCUACCCAGUCUCCUGCAACACAGGGCCUCGACUUCCAGAAAAUCCUUGCUGUCCUCAAUGCUCAAAAGCAGAUGCAGCAACCACCGCCUGUCAUCCCCCCUGUUCAACCGUCGCAACCCGCUAUUGCGCCGAAUCUGGCUGCAUUCAUAUCACAGUUUGCUGGGGCCAACCAACAAUCUGGGCCGAACCCAUCCCAAAUGCCUGGUCAAUUUGAUGACCCAGAACGCAAACGCACGCGUGAUGGUCCGGGCUUUGAUGGUUCAGAGGAUGACAGAUAUGGUUAUUUCAAGCGGAACAAGCCGAAUGGCCCCAAUAAGAGUCAUCCCAAGGUUGGAUUGGUUCCGUGUCGUUACUGGCCCGAAGGGAAAUGCAGAAAAGGCAACGACUGCACCUUCCGUCAUGAUCCACUUAACUAAUAAUACUUUUCGUGCCUCAAACUCUUGAUACCCCUAUCCUUUCUUCCUUUUGUCGGCAUUCCAUACAAUAACAGACGUCUAUAUUGCCAUGCUCUUUGUCUCUAUAUUCUUUUUUUUUUUUUUCUUUCCU